CGCCGCCGCUGCCCCCGUCUGUACCGCAGUGUCUGCUCCGCCCGCCCGCCCCGGUCUGGCCCGCCCCUCUCCCCCACCCCCGCCCCUGGUCCCGUCCUCGGGGUCCGGAGCCCACUGUGCCGUCGCCUGUUCCUUUUUCGACGCCUCCACUGCCGCCUGAGGAGGCGAGCUAGCCGGGAGUUACACCGCCACUGCCACCGCCACCGCCAGGAUGGAUAGAAUGACAGAAGAUGCUCUUCGUCUGAAUCUGUUGAAAAGGAGCUUGGACCCAGCAGAUGAACGAGAUGACGUGCUGGCAAAACGGCUUAAAAUGGAGGGACAUGAGGCCAUGGAACGUCUAAAAAUGUUGGCACUGCUCAAAAGGAAGGAUUUGGCAAAUCUUGAGGUGCCACAUGAGUUACCCACCAAACAGGAUGGCAGUGGAGUUAAGGGUUAUGAAGAGAAACUGAAUGGGAAUCUCAGGCCUCAUGGAGACAACAGGACUGCUGGAAGGCCAGGCAAAGAAAACAUCAGUGAUGAACCAGUGGAUAUGAGUGCUAGACGGAGUGAGCCAGAUCGAGGAAGGCUAACUCCUUCUCCAGACAUCAUUGUUUUGUCUGACAAUGAGGCUUCCAGUCCUCGUUCCAGCUCCCGAAUGGAAGAAAGACUCAAAGCAGCCAACCUGGAGAUGUUCAAGGGCAAAGGCAUUGAGGAAAGACAGCAGCUUAUCAAGCAGCUGAGGGACGAGCUGCGAUUGGAAGAAGCUCGACUGGUGCUAUUGAAGAAACUCAGACAGAGUCAACUACAAAAAGAGAAUGUGGUCCAAAAGACUCCAGUUGUACAGAAUGCGGCAUCUAUUGUUCAGCCAUCUCCUGCCCAUGUUGGCCAGCAGGGUUUAUCCAAGCUUCCAUCCCGGCCUGGAGCCCAAGGAGUUGAGCCUCAAAAUUUGAGAACAUUGCAGGGUCACAGUGUCAUUCGUUCAGCAACCAGUACCACCCUCCCACACAUGUUGAUGUCUCAACGUGUUAUUGCACCAAAUCCAGCCCAGCUACAGGGUCAGCGGGGCCCACCUAAGCCUGGCCUCGUACGCACCACAACACCCAACAUGAAUCCUGCCAUCAAUUACCAGCCACAGUCAAGUUCUUCCGUUCCCUGUCAGCGCACAACAUCCUCUGCCAUCUACAUGAACCUUGCCUCACAUAUCCAGCCAGGAACCGUGAACAGAGUGUCCUCACCACUCCCUAGCCCCAGCGCCAUGACUGAUGCUGCCAACUCACAAGCUGCAGCCAAAUUAGCUCUUCGCAAGCAGUUGGAAAAGACGCUUCUGGAGAUCCCACCUCCAAAGCCACCUGCUCCCUUGCUUCACUUUCUGCCCAGUGCAGCUAACAGCGAGUUCAUCUACAUGGUAGGCUUGGAAGAGGUCGUGCAGAGUGUCAUUGACAGCCAAGGCAAAAGCUGUGCCUCACUCCUGCGAGUCGAACCUUUUGUAUGUGCCCAGUGCCGCACAGAUUUCACCCCUCACUGGAAGCAAGAAAAGAAUGGUAAGAUUCUGUGUGAACAGUGUAUGACCUCCAACCAGAAAAAAGCUCUGAAAGCUGAACACACCAACCGGCUGAAAAAUGCUUUUGUCAAAGCCCUACAGCAGGAACAGGAAAUUGAACAGCGAUUACAGCAACAGGCAGCGCUUUCUCCUACUACGGCUCCAGCUGUGUCCAGUGUCAGCAAACAAGAGACCAUCAUGAGACAUCACACACUUCGGCAGGCUCCGCAGCCCCAGAGCAGCCUCCAGCGUGGCAUACCCACCUCUGCUCGUUCCAUGCUUUCAAACUUUGCACAGGCACCCCAACUGUCUGUGCCAGGUGGCCUCCUUGGUAUGCCAGGUGUCAACAUUGCAUACUUGAACACUGGCAUCGGAGGACACAAAGCCCCCAGUUUGGCAGAUCGACAGCGUGAAUACCUUUUAGACAUGAUCCCUCCUCGGUCUAUAUCGCAGUCCAUCAGUGGACAGAAAUAACGCUUGGUCCACUUGCAUCACCCCUACCUUGAAUCCUUUACCCCUUUUCUCUCCCAUUGCCCCAACUUCCGUCGCAUGCAGUGCCUACCAUACACGGAAAGCAAAACUGAAAAACAGAAGACAAAAAAUAGAAAUCAACAAGAAAACACAACGCCAUGCCCCGCCAUCUCCCCUUUACUUCACACUGCUGCGAUCUGUUCUCCUGCCGAUUUAUCUUCUCUCUUCGGUUUUCUUUAACAUUGAAGUGGAUCUUUGCCUCUGAUAGAGGUGAGGAUGAGGUCCUGGGAGAAUCUUAAACCCUUUGACAUGUGUUUCUAAAGUUUGUUUUAUGCUAUAAUUAUUAUUCUUUUUAAUUAUAUUGUAUGUCCUCCCUUUGUUCAGUGAACGGUUAAGUCUUUCCCCCUCAAUCUUUUUCAUUGCUUUCUUUCUUGCUUGCUUUCUUUCUUACUUUCUCUCUCUCUCUCUCUCUCUCUCUCUCUCUCUCUCUCUCUCUCUCUCUCUCUCUCUCUCUCUUUAAUGCAAAUGACAUUGAGUUCAGUGAUGGGAGUGUUGCAGAUUACAGGAGGGUCUCAGCUGCCAAGCAGGACAUGACUGGAGUGUUAGGGGCAGAGGUUUAGAAUGCAGUUGACCUCAGCUGUUGGAUGGAUGUCACCAAACAAGGAGCAGCACCUCAGCUGUGGGUGUUUUGGGGCUGCACAUUUGAAAAGCCGUGUUCUAGUGUUAAAAUUGGGCUCAGAGGAUGAGGGGAAAAAGUCUGGAGGAAGAAGCUUUAAACAACCACCCUAGAAUUCACCUGUGGGAGAGGGGCAGAAAGAGGUGUGAUGGGAGCAUAAUGGUGAGCCAAGGAGGACUGAGGCUGGCCCCUGGCCUUCUGAAUGGAGAGGAGUGAGAAUGGUCCCCCUGACCCCAGGGGAUCGACUCCAGGCCCACUAGCCCAAAUUGUUUUAUCUUGUUUUCUUGUCAUAACUGUCCCACAUUCCACUGUCACUCCCUUUUUAGAAAUCCUGGUGUUCUCCCCUCUUUUAGCCAUAGCCCCAUCUAUGACACAGAGGAAUAGCUGUUAUAGGCUGAGCUUGCUGGGGUUCUAGAAGCUGGCAUGGGUAUGAGAGACCAGUGACCAGAGGAGGAAUAGAAGUAGUUCUCUCAGUGGCUGCAGUUCUAGUGUCUGUCUGUCCUCUCUCCUGCUGGAGCGGCUGAGAGAACUGGAGUGUAGUCUUGCCCUAUCUGAGACACUGACUGAAGAACCAGCUGCCCAAGGCCAGACCCCUCAUGUCACAUCCAGCUUUGGAACUCUGCUACACAAAUGUUUCUUUCCCUACCCCCAGAAUUCUAUUUUGAUUAUUGUUUUCCUUUAUUUUUAAUUUCUUAAGUGCUACUAAUGUAGAGAAUGAAUUGUGCAAUGUUGCUGUUCUGGGGAUUAGGGAGAUCAGCAUCCCAUUUGCUCACACUGGGGGAGGAGGGAGGCAACUAGGCUGUUUUUGAUGUAAAGGAAGCUCCCUGAAGGGAAGGACUUCUCUUAGGAGUGUGGACAGCACCUACCUGCUUCUCAAACUCUACAAGCUGUCAGAGUGCACUGGGGUUACUCUUAGCAGAGGUAUGAAGAAUUGUUUAAUAUUCUGCCCUUGAAAGCCACCUGAGGAAGUUCCCUCAUUUUUAUUUUUUAAAAAUUAAAUAAUUUUUUUAAAGUAAACAGGCACUUUUAAAAUUAACACACACAAACUGCACAUCUUUCUCAUAAAAUUUGGGGGUAGGUCAGGAGAAGGAGCUGAAAUUGGGCUUAGUUUCCAUCCUCUGACCUCUACUCCCCCCACACCCCAGUCCCACUGUGGGUGAUUAUACUGGCCCUACGGGCCUUCCUGGCUUGUUUUCUUUCCUCCCUUCCCCCAAAUUCAUUGAGCACUUAAUAAAGGAGCAGAGAUGCAGCCAGUGUCUGGGCUCCCUGAGUGGUGAAAUGAUCUGGAACCUAGACGCUAGUAACAGGUAGUGAUCGGGUCGUUUCAAGUAUUUUUGGGGAAUGUGGUACCCCUGACUGUAAGUGGGAAAGGGAGGGGGGGUUAAUGGAACUGGGUCUGGGGUUAUUUUAAAAUUAUAUAUAUAUAUAUAUAUAUAAAGAUAUAUUCUUACAUCUUUUCUUUGCCCUCUGUGCUUUGAAAGCACUGGAUGAACUGUUUGGUUUCCUUUUCUCUUCCACAAAAUUGGAAGCUUUUUUUAAAUGUUUUUCCUACAAGUCAUCUUGCCUUGUGGCAUGUCUGUCUAGCUUCCCCCUCCCCAUGAUAAAGUGCCAUUUCUGUUAAGUCUCCCUGACCCCCAGCUCAGAGGUGCUCAGAGGUACAAGGUGCCGAGGUUUGUCAGUUGAGAUUACAAAUUAGGAACAGAGAAUGUGCAAUACCGUCUAGCUGGGGGCUAUCCCUGCCCUAAGCUGAGCCCCUUCCCUGGGAGCCAGGCAACCUUGAAUGGGAUUUGGAGGUAAGAUUCAUAGACAGGGAGUGAUGGGGAAGGAAAGCCCACAGUCUAGUGCCUGCUCAGGUGCUGAGGGCAUGAGGGAGAGGGCAAAUCGUCCCUGUUCUUACCUCCUUGGGGUCAUUCACAUAGAAGCUGUUUGUUGACUGGUAUAGCUCUGUGACCCUUUGCUCAAUCACUGAGGCUUAAUUUCUUACUCUCCUGUCCCCAUCUUCAUACCCUACCCAGGGAUUAGUACUGGAGUGAGGGCUGCUUAAUCAUGAUGAAGUGUUAGCUCCCACCUCCUGUCUUCCCUUCUCUCCUCCCCUUCCAUCCUCCUCCAUUCUCUAGUGUUCAUCACUGACUGUCCCUCCAGGUCUGUUAUCACUAUGUUCUCUAGGCCUUGAGCCCGGUAGACACUAACCUCAUGUCCUGAGGAUAGGAAGAAAACCCCUGUCUUCAGAGUUGUUCUUUGCCCCGAAGCGUUCAUUCUGGGCAUAUUGAGAGAGUUCUGCCUGGCUUUCUCCAGACCCUGAGGCACUAAAAUAGUUACUCAUGGGUGGUGUCUUUCUCCCUAGAAACCUGAAGUGGGUGAAUUAGUGGCAAGGCUUGGGUAAAACUGGGGGACAAAGGUCCUUAUUUGUCAGUUUUGUCACUUAACCACAGCAUCUGGACUGUCCAUUGCUGGAAUAAGUAUUUUUCCCACAUUUUUCCCCCUUUUGGAUAUAUGUAUGGUAGACCUUUUUUCUUUUUUCUUUUUUAAAGACAAAUGUUUUCCUGCUUUGGUUACCUUUCCUUUCCCCUUUAAAAGGAAUUAGCUGUAGAACUGCUUUGUAAAGAUGCUUCUUGGUAUUUUACUUUUGUUCCUUUCCCCCAACCAUUCCCUUUUCCCUUCAUCCCUCCAGAAGGCAUAACCCUGCUUACAUCCCUGACCCGCCCCAGUCCCAGGCUCCCUUCCUUUCAUCAAGAUCUUCAUUAGCUUAUGAUACUUGCUGCCGAGAUGUUAUAACAAGGACUCAUUCGUGUAUAUAAGCUAUUUCUUGAUCCAUUUAAAAGGAAUUGUACAUUGUGUAGAAAAAAAAAAAAAACUGAAAAAGAGAAAAAAAAAGCCCUAGCCAUGGAUAUUGUGAAACUGUGUUACGUCAUUUUGUAAUGUGCCCGUUUGUGUAUGAUCCGUGCAAAAGGGUUUCUGGGGAAGGGGAGGGGGUAGGGAGGCAGGGCUGUGGAGGGUGGGUAGGGGAGUGGGCCGGGCCCAGCACACUGAGACUGGCAGCUGCUCCAACCCCAUCCCUCCUUAGAGAUGCCACCUCCCCCACCACCCACCCCUAAUUUGUGCCUUGCCUCCCCACCCUGGAGUAGACCCUCCAGGUCACCAGCACUGCCUUGGCAGAGCCCACUCCCUACCCUGACCUGCCCCCCCUCCCUGCCCCCCAGCAUUAGGUUGAUAUGUGGGGACGUGCUGGGAGUUGGGAGGUAGCUGAGGAAUGGGGCAGUUCCCGGGGGCAUCGAAACCAAGUAUUAUUAUGAAUUGUAAUUGUAUUUGCACUGUUUUUCCCCUCUGAUUGCAUCAGCAUAUAUACAAUAUACCUAUAUAACAAAAUUCAGUGUCAAGCUUUCUUAUGCAAGGGAUUUUCCCCACCCUCCAAAAGAACAAACCUAGUCUUGUGGGCCUUUGAGGGUGUAUUAUCAGGGGAUGGUAGAAAAAGAGUUUUCUAAGUCAUCAUAAGGAGGUCUCAUCUAACAAGAGCUCCAGCUGUCUGCAUCCUUAGAGGCUGCACAAAUUUAGGUGGGGCUGGGCUCCUGGCCCAGGACUGGAAAAUACCAAUGGUACAAAAGGGCACAAUUUGGAGACCGGAAGUCUCCUAAUAUAUUGGUGUUAUCUUUGGUAGUUUAUUUUCUGAGUUGGAGUUUUUUUCUAAACUAUGAAGUAACAGAGGUAAGUGAGACUGUGAAGUCAUCUGGCCAUUUAGUAAAAUUCUUUGUUUACUUCCCCACCUUUUGAAAACAAAAUACAGCUUGAAGUAAAGGGAUUGUAGCGUUGAAAAAUUGGGGAGGAAAUGAAAGGAAUUAGUAUAAAAUGGAUCUAUGACAGUGCCCUUGAAUAAUCCUCUACUAUGGACUUGGGAGAGGUGACAGUAUUUAGGAUGUCAGACCAGUUACAUCUUUGUCUCCAUAUUUCUGGUUAUCUGAGGUCAGGGGCCAGGCCUCAAGCCCUCUCACCACCAAUCAAAGCCUUCAAGAAGUGUGAUCAACCCAUGAAAUUCCCCAGUUGGUGGUCUAGUUAUUCCCUUUGUGAGCUACAGAAUGUGGAACUUCCCAUCUUCUUGGUGACAAAAUAGGAGAGCUCAGAUACAGCCCACAUCUCUCCUUCCCCCAGAUCUUAUCUGAAUCCCCCCAAGACAGCUGUUUCAUAGUCUGCCUCCCUCAGGGGCCCAGUUUCCCCACUGCCCAAGCUGGGUACUCCCAUUCUUGAGGUUCUUGGCUGGUGAAGCCUGGGGAGGGUGCAGAAUGGGGGAUGAGCCCUGACCUGAAGGUUAGAGGGGUGGGAAUGGGGAGGUGGGAUGGAGAACAGCCUUCCCUGAACAGGGUGGGUGGGUGGGGAACAAGACCCUUUUGCACAACUCUUUAAGUUUCCUUUUUCUUUGCUUUCUUUUUUUUUUUUCUUCCUUUUUUAACUCAUUCUAAUUUUCUGCAUUGUGUUUGGGAAAUAAAAUGAAAAAACUAAGACCAAUAGAAACUGGUUUUCAAAAAGGCAAAUACACUCCCAUCUGUUUCAGAUGCUGCUGAGCAUUUCAGCAGUGAGAUUCUAAUAAUAAGCUAAUUUUUGGAGAAAGGAUUAAAAGAAAAAAAACUUUGUAAUAUUUAUCACUUGCAAGCUAUGUUUAAUAAAGAAAGGAAUGGUUUCUAAA